AUGUCCACGCUCUGUGAACCUCAAGAAAGCGACUCCAUGUUCUCGCGAUCAACACGGCGCUUGGCCAGCCAGCUACGACCCCUACGAUCUUUAUCUAUCCCUGCAUCACAAGCUCCCGUGAGGGUACAAUCUCGCACCUUCAUCGCAACACGACUCACAAGAUCUGCAUCAACAAAACCUCCCGCUUCCGAUAAGUCUGCAACGAUAUCGAGAGACCCAAGCACUUCCUUCGCAAUUCUCCUCGCUGGAGCAGCUUCCUUCUACCUCGCAUACAGCUUCGCGCAACAAUCUCCUACACGAUGCGACGCCAUCGCCCAUGACGAAAACGACCAUGAUCCUCGAGAUCCUUCUCUUCCUCGAUAUCGCAUCAACGAAGUGCGCAAGCACGAUGCUCAUUCUGGUCACCCCUGGGUCAUCCACCGCGAUAAAGUCUACGAUAUCACUGAAUGGAUAGGAGCACAUCCUGGCGGCGAUGUUAUCCUUCGCGCGGCGGGCGGUUCCAUUGAUCCCUACUGGGAUAUCUUUUCUAUACACAAAAAUGACUACGUUUACGAUAUUCUAAAUCAGUAUCUAAUUGGGUACGUCGACCCAGCAGAUCUCGUCGAUGGGCGACCGGCACGAGAAGAGGUCGAGGAUCCUUUCUCGGAUGAUCCAGUUCGACAUCCAGACUUGAUUACAAUGACGCAGAAGCCCAGAAACGCAGAGACGCCGGCUUAUGCUAUGAUGAAUGACUUUCUUACACCUAAUGACCUUUUCUACGUGCGCAACCACAUGUGGGUGCCAACAAUCGCCGAGAACCAGAAUGACCACAAUCUCACGAUAGAACUUCCUGACGGAACCACAAAAGAAUACACCCUCGCGGACCUCAAGAACCGCUUCAAAUCCCACAAAGUCACAGCCUCUCUUCAAUGUUCUGGCAACCGCCGGCGACACAUGAAUGAGGAAUCAGGUCGCAAAACAAAUGGUCUUCCGUGGACUGCUGGAGCUAUCUCAAACGCCUGCUGGGAAGGCGUCUUGCUCUCUGACGUACUGGCAGAUGCAGGCUUUGAUCUGAAUUCAGGCCUCACAGGAGAAUCCGAGGCAAAGCAUGUUCAGUUCAACGGCCUAGAAGCUUACGGUGCAUCGAUUCCUAUCAGAAAGGCCAUUGAUCCCCAAGGCGACGUGAUACUCGCCUACAGAAUGAACGGCCAGACUCUCCCGCGUGAUCACGGGUUUCCUCUACGAGCUAUCGUUCCCGGGCAUGUUGCUGCGCGAUCUGUCAAAUGGCUGAACCAUGUCACGCUGAGUGACGAGGAGAGCACAUCUCAGUGGCAGCGACGCGAUUACAAGUGUUUUGGACCGAACCAGACCAAAGUCGACUGGGAUUCAGCACCCGCCAUUCAAGAAUUACCUGUCCAAAGCGCCAUUACAAAGUGCAAACUUGGCGACUGGACAGCCAAGGAUGACAAUUCUCACACUUAUACAAAACCAGCGUCAUUGGCUGGCUACGCAUACUCCGGUGGAGGCCGCGCCAUCGUUCGUGUCGACAUCUCCUUCGAUAACGGCAAAAACUGGUCUCAAGCCUCCAUCCUUCCCGACUGUUCCACAAAAGAGGGUGAAGAAUCGCCUUGCUAUGGUCACGCAGCCUGGGCAUGGCGGAGAUGGAGGUUUGACGGUGAUGUCCCGUUGGAGGCGUUUGAACCCGCACCAUCCGGGAAGCGAUGUGCGACGUUUGUUGUGAAAGCUACAGACGAGGUGUACAACACACAACCAGAGAGCCACGCAGCAACAUGGAAUAUUCGCGGUAAUCUUGCUACAGCGUGGCAUCGGGUGAGGAUCUGUGAUGAUGGUCCUACGGGGUUAAAAACAAAAGUGUAGAAUUGAGCAAAUGGCAUGGCAAUGGGAUUUGUAGUUUUGGUUGGAGUUUGAGAGCAGGCUAAUGGGUUUAUAACUUGGCGAGCGAUACAUGGCGUUUGUUGCAGCCAAACGCAGGAUGAGUACCGAAUUACAAGAACAAUGGCUUGCAUCAGAGUGAAAGAACAUUCUCUAAUCGAGUUGAUGACAAA